GACAGACAAGGAGCGAGUAGUUAGGAUCCCCUCGUUUGUCGCUUUCAGAAAGAUAGAGGGCUAUAAGCAGCCAGUCUACUUGAUAUGUUUCUAUGUAUUUAUUCUUAUUAUUCUGACGAAUCGAUAUUUUUGCCCACUCUAUUUGACAUAAUAAGGAGAGACAACCAGCAUUAGAAGGGUUCUUGUCAGACGUUCUAAGACUUCGCAGAAUUCAUUCGUGACGGACCACAUUGCUGCAUGCCUCCUGCUUAAUUAAGAUUCUGCAAUUGAUAAACCGGCGCCUAUACUUACCAGGCAGUACGAGGACAUCACGAUCGCCGUUUUGACUAAUCCACGGGGCAGUGGGCUCUGACUGCAGCGCAUCUUUAGGAUUCUCAGCGAGUUGACUCCAAGUUUCUAUUACAAGGAGUUUGCAAUGACAGCCACGAAGGAGCAGCAGCCGAAUCAGAGACAGAAGCCACCGCCGAAGGAUGACGAGGAGGACCUUGGUGCGGGAGCUCCACCUGAGAGGAACUGGAAAGGGAUUGUUAUCGCUCUGCUGGUUAUAUUGGGGGUCUGCUCUCUGAUCACAUUGUCUGUCAUCCUCCUCACUCCAGCGGACAGCCAAGCUGGCAGUGAUAGCAAACUCACUGUGGAAGAUCUGUUCAAGCCUGAGUUUGUGGUCCAUGACCCAGAGGCCAAAUGGAUCAACGACUCAGAAGUCAUCUAUAGGAAUCGCGAUGGCCACGUCAUCAAGUUUAACAUCCUCACCAAUGAGACUGAUAUUGUACUGACAAACACAACGUUCGUCAAUUUCAACGUUGCAAAGUACUCUGUUUCCCCGGACUUGAAAUAUGUGCUCUUUGCCUAUGAUGUUAAACAGGUUUACCGGCAUUCAUACAUGGCCUCAUAUAGCAUUUAUAACAUUCACACAAGGGAGGUAUGGGAGUUGGACCCGCCGGAGGUGCUUAACUCUGUUCUGCAGUACGCUGAAUGGGGAGUGCAGGGCCAGCAACUGAUCUACAUAUUUGAGAACAAUAUUUACUACCAAUCAGAUGUGAAGAGCAACUCACUCAGACUGACAUCUUCUGGAAAGGAAGGGGUCAUCUUCAAUGGGAUUGCUGACUGGCUGUACGAAGAGGAGAUUCUCCAGUCCCAUGUGGCACACUGGUGGUCACCCGAUGGAGAGAGAUUGGCCUUUCUGGUUCUCAAUGACUCUCUGGUGCCAAAUAUGGCCCUUCCUCGCUUCACUGGGUCUUCAUACCCCAAGGGAAAGCAAUACCCCUACCCUAAGGCGGGCCAACCAAACCCCACAGUGAAGUUAUACAUGGUGAAUUUGUACGGGCCGACCCAUACUCAGGAGCUCACACCACCAGACAGCCUCAAAAUAAGGGAGCACUAUGUAGCCAUGGUCAAGUGGAUCAGUAAAACCAAGACAACGGUCAGGUGGAUGAGCCGUGCCCAGAAUGUGUCAAUCCUUACCGUGUGUGACACCACCACAGGGGCCUGUGUUAAGAGGCAUGAGGAGACCUCAGAGCUCUGGCUUUCCAAGCAGAACCAGGAACCAGUGUUCUCCAGGGACGGCAGCAGAUUCUUCCUGACAGUGCCCGUCAAGCAAGGGGGGCGCGGAGAGUUCCAUCACAUCGCCAUGUUCACCACACAGUUCAGAGCAGAUCAAAAUGAAGUCCGCCAUCUUACGUCAGGGAACUGGGAAGUAACUAAGAUCCUGGCCUAUGAUGAGAGCAACGACAACAUUUAUUUCCUCAGCACUGAAGGCUCACCACGGAGAAGACAGCUUUUCAGUGUGAAGACUGUGGGGUUGUUCCCUCGACACUGUCUGACGUGUGAGCUAAAUAAGGCCCACUGUCUGUUCUUCAAUGCUGAGAUAAACCCCAGUAAUCAGCACAUCCUUCUCCACUGUAAAGGUCCGGGAGCACCCACUGUGAUCUUACACAGCCUCAAUAAUGCCAAUUACUACAUCCUUGAGAACAACUCUUUACUGAAGGCGGCUUUGAAGAUCAAGAGGAUUCAAAUGACGGACUUCAGAACAGUCCAGAUAGAACAUUUUGAUCUUCCUUUGAAGAUCUCCUACCCACCAGACUUUUCUGAAUCACGUCACUAUGGCCUGCUUCUGGUCGUCGAUGGCUCCCCUGGUGGCCAGGCUGUGAGCGACCGAUUCAUUCUGGACUGGGACUCGGUUCUUGUCAGCUCGGAUAACAUCAUUGUGGCUCGUCUAGACGGCAGAGGGAGUGGCUUCCUGGGCCAGAGGGUUCUACAUGAGGUCCACCAACGUUUGGGGACAGUAGAGGUGCAGGAUCAAAUCUCAGCUGUGGAAUACAUGUUGACCUUCCCGUACAUUGAUCGUACACGGAUAGGAGUAUUUGGGAGGGGUUAUGGUGCCUAUAUUACAUUAAUGAUGCUCAAAUCAACAGACAGCCUGUUAAAAUGCUCCGUAGCAAUGUCCCCAGUCACAGACUGGAAACUAUAUGCAUCAGCAUUUUCUGAGCGGUACCUUGGCAUGCCAUUACGGGACGACAGCAGAUAUCAGUUCUCCAGUGUGUUGCAGAAUGUCCAGCCACUGAGGGAACAGACUCUGAUGCUUGUACACGGCACAGCAGAUGCCAACGUCCACUUUCAGCAUACUGCUGAGCUCAUUAAGAACCUUGUGAAAGUUGGAGCAAACUACUCGAUGCAGAUCUAUCCAGAUGAGGGUCAUUUCCUGUCCCAGAGAAGUAGGCUGCACCUCUUUGCCUCGCUCACCAGCUUCUACAGGGAGUGUCUCAAGGAAGAGAUCCUACCGCUGCCCGAUGAUGAUGAGGAGGAGGAAGAGUAGGAUGUGGUGGAGACCUUCGGCAGGACUUUUGCAGGACUUCCUCACUGUAAAAAAAAUUGCUGAAGCCUGCACGAAAGGCUGGUGGCUUUUGGACCAAGCGUUAAGGCAGAGGUGGACAGUGAGAGUUGUGUGUGUGUGGGUAUGUGCGUGUGUGUGCAAAUCACAUACUUUGUGUUAGUUUGAGAGAGAGUUUGAUAGUGUUUGUGCGUGUGCCUGCGUAUGUUUGUGUGUGCAUGUGUUUGCAGUCAGAGAACUCCCAAGGACACCUGUCAAAGACAAUGGACACCAGAAUUGGCAAGACUACAAGUGGGAACUCUCACUUAUCCAAAAUGCCACUUCAAUCUCCACCUCUGAGACGAUCCCUCUCACGGCAAAGCACAUAGCAGACUGCCUCCAUCUCCGGCAGGAGCCAUUAGGGUUUCAACAUCCACACUUACAAGUGCAUGGUUCUUUUCCCCUUUCAGCUUAACUAGUUUUGCCAUGUUAGUUUUCAUCGUGGUAGACAUUGGAAGAGACAAACACAUAUGUACCCUUUUAAAUUUUACCCUCUCUUUAUUUUGGGGUUUUGAUGCAUACGGAUAUGCUCCACAGCUCUUCAGAGACAUGCUGUAGGCAAUGCAAGUUCACCUUGACUGUGACGUUGUCCGCAAAUAAGUGCAAUUCCGGCUGAAUGCUCUCAUCUUUGACCCCCACUGAAAAUAAGUCCUUUGGGGCACACUUAAUUGUACAAGGGUCUCAUGUAGACAUGUUCAAUGCCUUAUGAAGUGCUACACAAGACCAUUUACUGGCAUUCAUAUCCCUUGAUUAUUAGAAGCUUCACACGAACCUGUGUCAGCUCAGUUGUUUGAGAUGCAACAUGCCAGUGCAGUCUCAGAGACAGUCAAUAGCCGUUGUAAUGUCAGGUCAUAAACCAAUUAUAAUUAGUGCUGAGUGGUCACAAAGGCCGUCAAAUGACAUCGUGCAGGGCUAAGUAAGGCAUUUGCAUGUCUACAGGGGGAAGCCUAAAGUGUUGUCGUAUUUUGUACAGUAAAAUACAGCAGAGUGUGUACAUACAUAUAUUUUUUAGAUAUGUCAGAUCUCAUGGAUAGGUUAGUCUAUGGGAAUGGAAUGACUUGACAUGUAUGUCGUGUAUAUUUUUCAGUUAAUUUUGGUUUUAAUAGAUUUUUCUUCUUAGGAUGGAUUUUGUAAUGCUUGUUCAUGCUAAUUUUGUUGUUUUUGAAGGGGGGGGGUGAUGAUUUGGGGUUAUUGUGAUUGUCCUCCAGUGAUGAUUGUGAAUAAUAAAAAAAAACACUGAAAAAACGAAUAUAUUACCAUAAGGUAUUCAGAAACAAAUUACAUUCAACCACCGUGUUGUUAGUAUUGAUUGACAAAAUGAUCCAGGCAAUUCUACUGUAUUUCAUCGGUUCGUUGACCUUGGACUCACCUUUGUGCCUAGAUGAGUUGAGUUGAGAGCCAAUGAGGGCCUUGAGGCAGAUGGUUUAUCAGUGUUGUGUUUAAUAGACUAAAUGCUGCUCCCUGGGAGUGAGGAGGACACACUUCACCCAAUAACUAUACAUUGGAUCUCCCACCAAGAGUGGGCAGCUGUGGUCCUAGAGAGCAACAAAUUGCAGGCUUUUGUUCCAACCCAGCUCUAACAUAUGUAAACCAGUCGUGGUGUGCGAGCGAGAGAUGUUGAUACCUCUUUGUAGAACAGCAUCCAACAUAAUUUCAAAGUGUAUUAUGUGCAGUGUAUUAACGUGAAGCAGAACUUGCAGUGAUUAACAGUGCUUUGUGGUGUCUGAUGUACUUUUUAGUUGAUUACCUGAUGUAAUCAACCUGAUGUAAUUGCCCGAACAAUGGUGUUUCUCUACUGUACAGUUUCCUACCAACAAACAAAUUGGGGAUCAAGGUCGCUAGAGUACAGAUAUAUUGGUUUUAUUCUAGCGUACAUUAUUUAGACAAAUAUACAAAUACAAUUCACGAAGGACAUUUACUGUAUGGUGAUUGGGACGUUUGUGUGUAUUUCAUUUGAGGCAAGCAUUAAUAUACAUGAUCAACACUUCAGUAAAGCUGCACCAUAUGAUGGAUAGAAUGGUAGACAAUUAUUGAACAUAAGUUGUGUUUUGUAUAGGUGUCAUGAACUUAGGCCGGGAUUCAAUCUGAAGCCUGGUUAUACAGUAGCGUGCUUGACAUGUAAAGGGUGACCGCCACGGCCGGCACCAGAAGGAAUCAGUUGGACAGGCAUUUGAUUUCCAAACGGUGGCACCUUUUUUCAUGGGACCUCCUAUAUACAUUUUUUUAUGUUUUUUUUUAGCAAAGGCAUUUAGUUUAACUGUAAAAAAAAAUUCACCUUUUAAUGUGGCAUGAACACAAAAGGUUACGAUGUUUUCAUCUGAUUGCCAAACAAAUCACUUAAUAGACUGCACAUGAGUUUCAAGUUUGGGGAAGCGUACAAUUUAUGUUAACAUUUCUACCGAUCUGCGUGCCAGUUAUGAUUUUCAUAUGCACAUUUUCGUGGAAUAGUUUUAUUUCAAUAAUGAUAAUUUUGUUUCUCAAAAUCAUUGUGAGUUGGUUAAUCAUAAAAAUCUGAAAUUAAAUUAUAAAAUGCUCAAAGUUCAAAUUAAACUAAUGCGAGAGCACCAGCCUCUGCCGAAUGGACACAUUGAUACACCAUGAAUCAUUGGCGGCUAAAGUAAUGACUGUAUGCAUGGAGCUCAAUGAUAUCCUAUAGGCCAAUGCAGCAGUAGGCCUGUAACUUGCAUUGUCAACGAAGUAAAAACACAUAAAACCGACAAAUAAAAAUGCAGGUUCUUUCAAUUAAAUUAAUCUCUCUACUCUGCCUGUAUAGCUCCCUUUCUCAAGGACUUGACUUGAAUUAACGAAGUGCAACAUUGUAUCAAAUCACUCAACUGGGACCAGAUGAAGCCGUGGUUAGCGAACUUGCAACAUUGUAUCAACUAACCUAUUCUGAGCCUUCAGUUUCCCACACCUGUGAGCUUGGGACAGAGAGAUGUUUUUGGGAAAAAUGUUCAGGUAUUUAAGGAUGUUUUCCAAUGGAUAUAUGCAAUUAUCAAAUCAUUAUAUUUUGCUCUCGCACACCGAGGCUUAGUGAUUAUCAAGGGGGAGAGUGUUGGAAUGAUAACUAUUAUCAUUCGCAAUGGAUGUAAAAAAAAUGUAAAAACUUUGAAGGGACUUACUGUGUGAGGUGAUGAAAAAGAAUGUAUUAUUGGUGGACAUGGUGAGUUAAGACAAUUCGAAAUAAGACAUCUCCAAAUGGGCACUUUCACGCACUCCCUCAAUAUUAAGAAGACAGAGAAAUCAGACACAUGCUCAUUGCUCAAAUUAAGCUAUCCAAACAAAAGACAAUGAAAAUUGACAAAACUCGUAAAUGAUGGUUAUGAAAUUAACCAAAACUUGUUUCUCACAAGUGUAGCACGUUGUGAACUCUGCAAACAACGUUUCCACUCCGAGAAUGGGAACGGUAAAUGACUGUAAUUAUUACAUGCAUUAUUUAUUUUUGUAUUUUUCAUUUAGUAUUUAUUUACCUGUACAAGACAGGGCUGGGAUAACACAAAUAUACAUAUAUAGGACAAAACACAUCACUACAAGAGAGACCUAAGACAACAGCAUAGCAUGGUAGCAAAACCACAUGACAACAACAUGGUAGCAACACAACAUGGCAGCAGCACAACAUGGCAGCAGCACAAAACAUGGUACAAACAUUAUUGGGCACAGACAACAGCACAAAGGCAAGAAAGGUAGAGAAACAGAAAUUAAUGUAACUAAAUGACGGGGACUAAUGGUACAUUUACUACAGGUGACAUAUGUAAAUGGAGAAUGAAUCAAAAAUAAACAAUCAAAGGGGAAACAAUUCACACAAUGAAACAUUGAAUGUGCAAUAAUUAGCGGGAGACAGCUACGGCACUCUGGAGAGCUGAGAGCAUGUAUUCUGGAGAGAGACGUGCCUAUAUCUUCACCACACAUCCCUUCACUUCUUCUCGUCUCAACAUUAUUCAUUCAAUUAUAGACAUGACACUUUAUCUACACACAUAUUUUAGCUACUUGUCAAUGACAGCUGCAACUCAAUAAUCAGCUAGGCCUAUUGCCAUGCGAGCUGUCCAAAUUGCAGGCUUCUCAAAUAGGCAUAGGGCUAUGCACAGUUAAUUUAAAACAAUCCACAGCUAAUUUUUUUAGGAAGCUCAUGAUCCUCUGGUGAAGUAUUUGAAUUAUUUUAUUUAUUUUUGUAUAGACAAGAGUAAAUAUAUAAUUUUGGCAAAUGUAUUUAAAUUUACUUUAAUCCAAUUGGACAUCCUGCAUAUUCAAAAAUAAGUUUCCCUUCGCACAUUCAUCAAAAUAAUUCCAGUAUCUGAACAGUACACUGUGCACCCACCAACUUUCCUUAAAUUCUCAUGGCUGAAACGACACUACAUGGCAUGUACAGUUGAAGUCGGAAGUUUACAUACAGCUUAGCCAAAUUCAUUUAAAUCCGAUUUUUCACAAUUCCUGACAUUUAAUCCUUGUAGAAAUUCCUUGUCUUUGGUCAGUUAGGAUCACCACUUUAUUUUAAGAAUGUGAAACGUCAGGAUAAUAGUUGAUAGAAUUAUUUAUUUCAGCUUUAUUUCUUUCAUCACAUUCCCAGUGGGUCAGAAGUUUACAUACAAUCAAUUCGUAUUUGGUAGCGUUGCCUUUAUUAUUAUUUAACUUGGGUCAAACAUUUCGGGUAGCCUUCCACAAGCUUCCCACAAUAAGUUGGGUGAAUUUUGGCCCAUUCCUCCGGACAGAGCUGAUGAAACUGAGUCAGGUUUGUAGGCCUCCUUGCUCGCACACACUUUUUCAGUUCUGCCCACAAAUGUUCAACAGGGUUGAUGUCAGGGCUUUGGGAUGGCCACUCCAAUACCUUGACUUUAUUGUCCUUAAGCCAUUUUGCCACAACUUUGGAAGUACGCUUGGGGUCAUUGUCCAUUUGGAAGACCCAUUUGCAACUAGGCUUUAACUUCCUGGCGUCUUGAGAUGUUGCUUCAAUAUAUCCACAUAACUUGCCUACCUCAUGAUGCCAUCUAUUUUGUGAAGUGCACCAGUCCCUCCUGCAGCAUAGCACCCCCACAACAUGAUGCUGCCACCCCUGUGCUUCACGGUUGGGAUGGUGUUCUUCAGCUUACAAUCCCCCUCCUUUUUUCCUCCAAACAUAACGAUGGUCAUUAUGGCCAAACAGGUAUUUAUGUAGUUGCAAAAUGUAGUCUGGCUUUUUUAUGGCGAUUUUGGAGCAGUGGCUUCUUCCUUGCUGAGCAGCCUUUCAGGUUUUACUGUGGAUAUGGAUACUUUUGUACCUUAUUCCUCCAGCAUCUUCACAAGAUCCUUUGCUGUUGUUUUGGGAUUGAUUUGUACUUUUCAUACCAAAGUAUGUUAAUCUCUAGGAGACAGAACACGUCUCCUUCCUGAGUGGUAU